CACAGUUACACUUUCUAUCGUAGUAAUUAUUGCCUUCUUCUGCAAAUGCAUAACGACCCUUCUCAUAUUUCGGUUAUCAAAUGAGGAAAGAGUAUAUUUCACAGUUAAAGGUUGCCUUUUUGAGCUACUAGUUCGUAAAAAUCAAGACCAGAAAACAACGAAAGGGACAAAAAAAAGGGGCGACCCUUUUCUCAGUUUGCUGAGAAAAUGGAGGAAGCUUUGUUGGGAGGAGAAAGUAGUGGAACCCACUCAAGUGCUUGGGGGAGAAUUCGAAAAGGGGGUUUUAGUAGGAGAUCGGAUGCAAUUGCUUAUGGAUCAACUUAUCAGAAAGCUGCUGCUUUGGUUGAUCUUGCUGAGGACGGCAUUGGACUACCUGAGGAAAUUCUUGAUGAAUCAAGCUUUGCAAUUGCUGCAAAAUAUUACUUCACAUUCAUUAAAUUUGAUUUCCUUUGGACCCUUAACUAUUUUGCUUUGAUUAUAUUAAACUUUCUUGAGAAACCAUUGUGGUGUUCCAAGUAUUCUGCACAUACUUGCAGUGACAGAGAGUACUUCUUCCUAGGACAACUACCAUUCUUAACUACUACUGAGUCUCUUAUAUAUGAGGGUGUUACUUUACUAAUUCUGGUUGUGCAUAUCUUGUUCCCCCUAUCAUAUGAAGGAUUUGCUAUUUACUGGAAAAGUCUGCUUAACCGACUGAAGGUUCUUUUGCUGCUCAUUAUGGUUGCUGAUAUCUUAGUCUAUGUUCUAUAUCUCUCUCCAGUGGCCUUCAACUCUCUUCCAUUCAGGAUUGCACCCUAUGUCAGGGUUGUGUUUUUCAUUCUAAGCAUUAGGGACUUGUGCAACAGCAUCGUUAUACUAGCUGGAAUGCUGGGCACGUAUCUCAAUGUUCUGGCUUUAUCACUUUUAUUUCUGCUAUUCUCUAGCUGGAUAGCAUUUGUCAUCUUUGAAGACACCGAACAGGGGAACACUGUAUUUACCUCCUAUGGCAUGACGCUCUACCAAAUGUUUGUUUUAUUUACCACAUCCAACAAUCCAGAUGUCUGGAUUCCUGCAUACAAGGCCUCCCGUUGGUAUUGCCUUUUUUUUGUUCUUUUUGUGCUUCUCGGUGUUUACUUCGUCACCAAUUUGAUCCUUGCCGUUGUUUACGAUAGCUUUAAAAAUGAGCUUGUAAAACAAGUGGCUGAGAAGGAUCGUUUGAGGAUAAGAACACUGAGCAAAGCUUUUAAUCUGGCUGAUACCUAUAAUCUUGGAUUCCUUAACAAAGAUCAGUGCAUCCGACUGUUUGAAGAGCUGAACAAAUACAGAACAUUACCAAAGAUAUCCAAGGAAGAUUUUGAACUAAUAUUUGAUGAGUUGGAUGAUAGUCAUGACUUCAAGAUUAAUUUGGGCGAAUUUGCCGAUCUUUGCAAUGCCAUAGCACUGAGAUUUCAAAAGGAGAAUUCAGAACCGAUCUUUGAAAAAUGUCCAUCAAUCUAUCAUUCACCAGUUUCUGAGAAAUUGAAGAACUUUGUUCGAAGCCCUACAUUUGGAUAUAUCAUAGCAUUCAUUCUUGUCUUGAAUCUUGUUGCUGUCAUUAUUGAGACAACGCUUGAUAUAGAGGACAAUUCUGCUCAACAGGCUUGGCAGAAGGUUGAAUUCGUCUUUGGUUGGAUUUAUGUCCUGGAGAUGCUGUUGAAAAUUUAUGCUUAUGGUUUUGAAAACUAUUGGAGGGAUGGUCAAAAUCGCUUUGAUUUUAUUGUCACCUUGGUGAUAGUUGUUGGAGAAACAGCCACUUUUGUGGCUCCCAACAGGCUGACUUUUCUUUCAAAUGGGGAGUGGAUCCGCUAUCUUCUCAUAUUGAGAAUGCUAAGAUUGAUAAGGCUUCUCAUGAAUGUUCCACAAUACCGAGCUUUUGUUGCCACCUUCUUGACCCUCAUACCAAGUCUGAUGCCAUACUUGGGAACCAUAUUUUGUGUCAUGUGCAUUUACUGCUCAAUUGGCGUACAGGUAUUUGGCGGGAUUGUGAAUGCUGGCAACCCCAAGUUGGAGAGCACUGAUCUUGCUGAUAACGACUAUUUACUUUUUAACUUCAACGACUACCCGAAUGGAAUGGUCACACUCUUCAAUUUACUGGUGAUGGGGAACUGGCAAGUGUGGAUGCAGAGCUACAGGGAUUUGACUGGAACUUCCUGGGCUUAUACAUACUUUGUCAGCUUCUACCUUAUCACUGUUUUGCUGCUUUUAAAUUUGGUUGUGGCUUUUGUCUUGGAGGCUUUCUUUGCGGAGAUGGAGCUUGAAACUUCAGAGAAAUGUGAAGACACAGAAACCCAGGAAGGAAGCCGGAAGGAACGCAGACGUAAUAUUGGCAUGAAAUCACGAAGUCAGAGAGUUGAUAUGCUUCUCCACCAUAUGCUAAGUGCUGAGCUGGACAAGACACAAUGUUCAACCGAACCAACCCCUUAAACCGUUCGAUCCUGGGUCUACUAAACAAUGGGGAGCACAAACAAUCACUCAUGAGGUGGUUACUCCCAUUCUAGGCCAACAGCUCGUGUUAGAGCUUAAGCCAUGUAAAGAAUUGAUGUUUGAGUUGCCUAUAGCAUGGUAGAGGAAAUGGGAUGAUGCCGUACUGGUUUUUAUUUCUUCAGAUCAGUUCUUUGUUUUUGGCUGGCUCCUUUUGCUUUCGUUUUGUGCCCUCCUCUCUCUGCAUCUUGAUGUAAGGUCGUUGUCAUUCUCAUCUCUUCGUAAUAGCUUGUUCCACAGCUUUCUGCAAGUGCCUGUUUAAGAUUCCCUUGUGUUUGCCAUGGCUAUGCGCGCAUUCUUUCCUUCAUCAAUAAAAAUUUGGUAUA